UAUAAACAGGUCAUACAGGAAGAAAGUAGGUCCCACGCUCAGUUUAUUUUGAUCAAAGGUAGCGAAGUAUGGAUGACGAUAGCAGUAUUGAGUCUUUAAACCCAGACUCACUUGAACGAGACGAUUCUUUAGGAAGUGUAAAAUUCCCACCAAAUAGUCCGAAUAUUGAUAUGACCUGGCCGUAUCCUCAUCCCCCACCAGGAGAGGUGGAUUACCUAGAUAGUAAAGAGGACAGUACAAAUUCAUUUGAUUUUCUCCCAGUUCAUCAAAUGGAAAAUGAACUGUUGUUAACGAAAGAUGAGUUGGGGAGGUACCAAACGCGGCUCACCGAUGCCUUAAUGAUUAUAUCCGUUCUCCUAUGGAAUGCCAGUUCGCACAAUCCCAGCAAGCCUCCGCCGAGAUAUGAUAACAUUGCGUAUUUCAAACAAUGUGUCGAGAAAUUCAUGACACGGAUUUUGGAUGACACCAGCAAUGGUGAAGGUCUUGCAGAAGCAUAUGAUUCGGCCUGGAAACAAACUGAACACAAUUUUAACAUUUUCACAAAUCAGUUAAAAAAGUACAUGCCCAGUCCAACACCGACCAACGGCCGCCGCGACAUUGACGUGACAGAUGAGUAUGUGGAGUUUCCAACACAAGACCAUGAAGGCGAAGCAUGCCCAUCUACAGUGCCAAAGGAAGUGGAUGAAUCUACAGGACAAGAUAUGUGGACCGUACCGCGUGAAACAAAAGACACAGAUUUACAACGGUCAGUGGCAGAUCAUGAGUCAAACGCGAAACAGGAUCAGAAGAGAAUCAUGUUCGGUGUUCCAUCAGCUGCUACAAAGACGAAUAAAGGUGCCUUUAACACUGCUAUACACAUGCCAGGAAAGAAUGUAAGAGACUUUUUAGCAAAGAUAAAUAAUGAACAACUCAGUGGUGACCAAGUUGGGGAUGAUGUCACAUUUGCCAAGCAACAUUUACAGUCCACUGUAAUAUACAGGCCAGAUGCGCCAAAUGAUGUGAGGCAACCAAACCAAAAAGAAACCAAGGACGCUAUCACACAAACAGAGGCAGGAACAGUCAUCUUAUCCAACGAGGGCCAAUCACCUACUACCGAAGCGUUAAAUGAAAGAGGUAGCUCCAGUGACAAAACCACAGCCAUUGAAUUGUCAGAUCAAAAUAUUGAGAAGGAAGUCAUAGUCCCAAGAACAGCACAUGAAGAGAAUGAAGAAAUCAACGUGAAGUUAGAUUCAAUGUCGACCCAACUCGAGGAACUGAAGAUGAUGCUUAGCAAUGUGACACAGAUGCCCUAUCCUCCACCAGCUGUUUCCAAUAGGAAUACGGACAUCUUAAAUAAUGCUCUGUACAUGCCAGGGAUGACAGGGACAAAUUUUUAACAAUGCUUAGUGGUGGUCAAGCUGGAGAUGACAACCAAUUUGCUCGACAUCAGGAAAAAGAGAAAUCAGCAGGCAACGACUUCUCCGGUCAAGAAACAGGCGAAAUAACAGUCCACGAUACAGCACAUGUAGAGAAGGAAGAAAUCAGCGUUAAGCUAGAUUUUAUGCAUGCCGAAAUCGAGGAAGUGAUGAUGAUGCUUAGUAAUAUGCUUAAACCACCUACUCUGUCUAUAGUACAACCAUUGUCGUAACUCGACAGUGACCAUGUGAUUUUGCUUGAUCUACGAUCAAAGGUUAGUCAAGACCAUGUUUAAAAUAGUCAUCAUGGUUAUGUGAAAAGAGUGUUUGGAAUUUCCGGCAUGAUAAAGCACGUGCUUUACAAAUAGGGACAUGUGACAUGUAGGCUUGAUUUGGUAAUAUGCCGACUUUAACAUAUAUAUGAUGUGUUUACCUUGUCACAGUAAGGACUGUCUUAACGUAAAAGGAGUGUUUGGUAAAUCGGGAAAAUAGCCCAUCAUCAAACAAAUCAUGAUAAAGUUAUGAAAAAAUAUUGUGAGGAUAACAACACCAUUUGAAGCUUAAAUGUGCACCUGGAAAAGCCAGUGUAAUAUUGUAUUAAAAAUGUCUUUCUACAUAGUUUUAAGUUGAGUGGUACUCCUCCACGCAAAUCUAAUAUAUCUUUGUUAGAUCUCGAUUAUCAUAAAGGCAAGAAAUCAAUUGAAGGAUAUGGUAUUUACUUGAUAUGUUUUGAAUGAAGAAGUAUGUCAGAUCGUAGUAUAUAGACGUUUAACUGUUUAUCACACAGUGUGUUCCUGGUUUGUCGUGAGAACAAUUUUCUCAUCGCUCGCAUGUGGUUACUCGGUUUUAUAUACGUGGCCAUGACGAAAAAAAUGAUCUCGCGACAAAGCUGGAAGAAAACGUGUUUUAUCAAUUAAUGUAACACCCCAUUUCACCUGCGUGACGUUACACUGGGACAACAAUGACGUGACGUCACGAAACCGGACACAUUAAAUCCGAUGCCGCGAUGGGAAAAUUAUGACACCCUUGUGUGGUUGCUGAGCCAAUUCUGGUGAAUGGAAUGAGAGAGAUAAACACUCUGUCAUGCCGAUGCCCAGGGGUGUAGCAUAAGGAAAUUUAAUUCUCGUUUUGCAUCAAUUCGAAAACGGUAUUGGUUGAAUGUUCUUAUCCUACACCCCUAGACAUGAAAGAGUCUUAUAGUCAGCAACCUAUGGAAAGUUAGUUUUUUAUUAAACGUCCUUAUUGUGUCAUCUUUUGUGCAGUGUUACCAGGGUAACGUCAUUGAUUUGUCAAACAUCACAUAACCCUUGAUUAUGGCGCGUUGCUUUAGAUUAACGAUUGAACAUAUUUUUAUGUUUGAAAGUGAGUGAUAAAAUAAUCAAUAGCCUCGAUGUGAUGCAGACGGCAUUUUUAACUUUUGGGGGUUUUCUGUCUAAGAUCACAUAGGCGUAAUAUAUUUUAUGCAUUAUAUUCAAUUUAUGUACAUAAAUUUUAUCUUCAAAUUGUUGAAGUUGGUCAGUACCAUUUAGAAGUAGAAGUAGAAAUGUACGGUUGUAAAGAUUUAGAAAACAGGUAUGACUCAAACGCAUGGCCAAACAAGAUUACAACGGAGAGACGCCCGACUUCCAAGCUUGUCAAUUUUUACCGUUACGUGACCGCGA